AUGUCAUCUGUGUAUGUGAAAGGAGGAACAUGGACUAAUGUAGAAGAUGAAAUAUUGAAAGCUGCAGUUUCUAAAUAUGGUUUGAAUCAAUGGUCAAGAGUAUCUUCAUUGCUAACUAAGAAGACAGCAAAACAAGCAAAGGCAAGAUGGAAUGAAUGGUUGAAUCCUUUAAUCAAUAAAAGUGAUUGGACUCGAGAAGAAGAUGAAAAACUCUUGAAUUUGGUGAAAUUAUUACCUAAUCAAUGGAGAAGUAUCGGUCCUAUAAUGGGACGUACGGCUACUAAUUGUAUUGAACGAUAUCAAAAGUUACUUGAAGAUGAAUUAUCUGAUGACAAUGAAGACUUGAAGUUUAGUGGUCCAGGAAUAGAAUCAAUGGAAGCUUCUGGAUCCAAAGGGGGUUUAGAUUUAAACCCUGAAGGUGCACCUGCCGAAUCUGAUGAUGAUGAAAUAUCCGAUGAUGAUAGAGAAAUGUUAUAUGAAGCUAAAGCAAGGUUGGUGAACACCAAAGGUAAAAGAGCCAAAAGGAAAGAAAGGGAAAAAAUGCUUCAGGAAACUAAACGUAUUUCUUUAUUACAGAAAAGAAGAGAAUUGAAAGCUGCUGGGAUCAAAGUAAGUUUGACUAGUCGGAACAAGAAAAGUUCCAAAGAAAUGGAUUAUAAUGCAGAUAUUCCUUUUGAACAGACUCCUUCUGUUGGUUUAUACGAUAUUGAAGAUGAAGAACAAGAAAAUCUCCAAGAUACAAAGGAUUUCGAAAAGAAUGUUACAAAACAGGGUCUUGAAUUAGAAAAGAAGAAAGAUGAAGAAAGGAAAACUAACAAGAAGCCAGAAAAACGUAAAGCUUCGUCAAUUGAAGGGAAUGAAGAAAUUUAUGAUCAAAGGAAAAAGGUUCAAUUAUCAAUGCCUAUAGUACAAGAAGUGAAUAAUUACGAGCAAAAUGACCUUACAGGUGUAUUUUCCCAACCUGAGAAGAGAGAAGAAGAUAUUGAAGAUAGGAUAUCCAAUGUAAUGAAGGAUAUAAUCCAACAACAGAAUCGUAAAUCUACUUUAUUGGGAGAUUCCACAACUAAGGUGGCCAAAGAAACAAUGAAUCCCAAACAAUUAACAAAAUAUAUCCGAAAUUUACUCAAAUCAUCGUUUGAAACCAUUCCUAAACCAAGAAAUGAGUAUCAAGUUAUGCCCAAAUUUGAUGAAGGGGAAGAAGAAAUAAAGCUUGUCAAAGAAUCAGAAGUGAAACAAGAACAAGAAAGAUUAAAUGCUUUAGAGUUACUCAGACAAGUUGAAGAAGAGAAGGCAUUGUUAAGAAGGUCACAAGUAGUUCAGAGAGGUUUAAGCAUCCCGCAUCCUCUCAAGUUGAAAAACAUCGACCCUUCUGGUUUGAGUUCCUUGGAUAAGCUUAUCGUUGAGGAAUUCCAAAAAUUGAUCAAGUCAGAUUAUAAAAAGUAUGUUGAUAAUCAACUUUCCGUAGAUGAAGUAGAUGAUUUGGAUGAAGAAUCAUAUGACCAAGUUCAACAAGAAAUCAAAGCCAUACUCAGCACUUCCAGUAAGAAAGAAGUAUCAAUAGAUGUAAAAAUAGAUUACUCCAAGAAACAAAUCCAACAAGCCUUGAAAGAAGAGAACACCAAAAUUACCCCACUUGUCAAUGAAUAUAAUGAAAGGUAUCCGGAAAUUUCACCACUGCAAAUUGAAACCAUUAAACAAUUAGUAGAUCAACUGAUGGACCAACAGUCCCAAAUAAAGUUAUAUCAACAAAUAGCCAAAAUGGAAGAAAUUGCCAUCAAAAACCGUACGGAAAGUUUGAAUUCUUUUGUUGAUUUUGUUACUACAAAAGAAGGACAACUCACCGAUUAUAUCAGAUCAAAACGAGAUUAA